AUGUUGUUGAGAAUGUGUUCGCCCAGCUCUGGCUUGUUCGAGAUUCGGGCCAUUCCGAAUGCGGGACGAGGUGUGAUCGCAAUUCGUGACAUUCCUGCUGGAACUCCCGUGCUUGAAAGUGGGCCUGCCGCCGCUCAUAUCAUCUUCAAGGAGUAUCGCAAGGAGACGUGCGCAUACUGUUUCCAAUGGGAUCGAGGCCGGACGCUGCCCGUGCGUGAGCAUGAGCUUGGAAAAUGGUUUUGCUCCUCCGACUGUCAAGGGAGAUGGAAAGAGGAGCAGGGCGAUCUUGGCAUCGAAGCGUGGAGCAUCGUGACAGCAUUCGGGCAUCGAAACACGAAGAGGCGUGGUGACGAUGAUGAAAUCAUGUCUGAUGCUGUGAGACCGACGGAAGAAGAGAUCGCUGCGUCGUGGGCAACCGCUUCCGAACGCGCAAAGCUCUUGCUUCGUGGUCGUACUGGAGCACCCGUCUCGAAGCCAGAACGGAAACAAUUGCAAGCUUUGCGGCAGGAUUUGGCCCAACCCAUGGACUCCGAUCUGCUUGCCUACCUGCUCGAAGGCGCGCUGCUUUUCCAUCAGCGUCCCGCGAAAUGGCGUCAAGAAGUUCUGAGUCUGGCGAUGGACCAUACGCCGUACAAAACCAAGCAGGAUCUUGAUAGCAGUUGCAGGGCAUUUCUACAGUUGACCUCCAUCCUCCCAGAAACCAUUCUUCCCGCUUUGGGUGCAGAACUCUGCUUGGCUCUGGUCCAGGCUGAUAACCACAACGCGUUUGGUAUCCGAGGAGGUGGAGAAGACAGCGAAGAAUAUAUGGGCUAUGGCCUCUAUCCAUGUGCAAGCUACUUCAACCAUUCUUGUGAUCCAAAUAUUGCAAAACAUCGUAGAGGCAGGAGUUGGGAAUUCCACGCGCUAAGAGACAUUAGUGCUGGCGAAGAGUGCUGUAUCACGUAUCUGGGCGGCGACGAGAGGGACAUGGACGUGCUCGAAAGACUGCGUCGGCUACGCGAUGUCUGGGACUUUGUGUGCGUCUGUCAGCGUUGCAAGGCCGAAGCAGGCAUAUAG